AUGAAUUCUUUAGGACAAACUACACAAUUACCUAAUUAUUCUUGUAGUGAAAAUAAUGUUUCGAUUCAGUUUACAUUGUCUUCAUCAUCCCAUUCAGCAUGGAAUCAAACAUCAAAUUGUUCUCUACAACAAUGUGAUAUAAGCUCGAAUGGUAGCAACAGUUUUCUUUCAUCAUCAACACCUUGCUUUGAUUUUCGAACAAUAAACAAUAUUAGUUAUUGUGCACCUGGUAUUUUAUGUUCAAUAUUAGAAGCAUGUGAUAAUAUUACACAAACAUGUUCAUCAAAUAAUUCAAUAUGUGUUAUUAAUUCAUGUUGUUCAUCACAAGCAGUAUGUUUACCAGUCUUAGCAACACAAAUGUGUGAAAGAGGAUGGUUUUCUACUGGCAAUAUGACUAAUGCACGAGAGUAUCACACAGCAUCUGUAUUAUCAAAUGGACAAGUAUUAGUUGCAGGUGGAUACAACGGUAAUAGUGCUGAGCUGUAUGAUCCAGCAACAGGCAUUUGGACAACUACUGGUUCCAUGACUAAUGCACGAUAUUACCACACAGCAUCUGUAUUAUCAAAUGGAAGAGUAUUAGUGACUGGUGGAUACAAUGCUAAUAAUGGUUAUUUGAAUAGUGCUGAAUUGUAUGACCCAUUAGCAGGUACCUGGAUAACUACCAGUAGCAUGAAUAAUGCACGAGAAUUUCAUACAGCAUCUGUAUUAUCAAAUGGAAAAGUAUUAGUUACUGGUGGAGAAAAUUAUAAUGGUUAUUUAAAUAGUGCUGAAUUGUAUGAUCCAUUAACAAGUACUUGGACAACUUCUGGUAACAUGACUAAUGCACGCUAUUGGCACACAGCAUCUGUAUUAUCAGAUGGAAAAGUGUUAGUUACUAGUGGGUUCAGUGGUUAUGUCUUAAAUAGUGCUGAAUUGUAUGAUCCAUCGACAAGUACUUGGACAACUACUGGUAGUAUGAAUAAUGCACGAGAACUUCACACAGCAUCUGUGUUAUCAAAUGGAAAAGUAUUAGUUAUUGGUGGAUCAGAUAUUAUUGGUUAUUUAAAUAGUGCUGAAUUGUAUGAUCCAUUAACAGGUACCUGGACAACUACUGGUAACAUGACUAAUGCACGAUAUGAUCACACAACAUCUGUAUUAUCAAAUGGAAAAGUAUUAGUUACUGGUGGAGAAAAUUAUAAUGGUUAUUUAAAUAGUGCUGAGUUGUAUGAUCCAUUAACAAGUACUUGGAUAACUACUAGUAACAUGACGAAUGCACGCUAUUGGCACACAGCAUCUGUACCCAUGUCAUACAAACCGCUUUAA